UGCUUUACUUUUCCUUCUGCACGUGCAGAACAAUGGCAGAAAAGGCUGUUACCAUAAGAACUAGGAAGUUCAUGACCAACAGGCUCCUCUCAAGGAAACAAUUCAUCGUGGAUGUUCGUCAUCCUGGAAGACCCAAUGUUUCAAAGGUUGAGUUGAAGGAGAAAUUGGACAGGAUGUAUGAAGUAAAAGACCCAAAUUCGAUUUUUGUAUUCAAGUUCCGUACUCACUUUGGAGGGGGGAAAUCAACUGGUUUUGGGCUUAUUUAUGACUCAGUUGAGAAUGCAAAGAAGUAUGAGCCUAAGUACCGCUUGAUCAGGAAUGGACUCGAUACCAAGGUUGAGAAGUCUAGAAAGCAGAUGAAGGAAAGGAAAAACAGGGCCAAGAAGAUCAGAGGUGUAAAGAAGACCAAGGCUGGAGAUGCUGCCAAGAAGAAGUGAGGUCCUAUAGGCAUGAGCUAGUUUUCAUACUCAUUUACCUCCAUUGCCUGUUGUUUGCCAUUGAACUCAAAUAAAAUACUGAGCUUAUUUUACUUCUUGUUGAGUGUACCACUUGAAAUUUGUUUUCUGGGCCUACUUUACUUACCUGUUCCUGUGGUGAUUUAAUCUGAAAUGAAUUUUAAACUUCAAAUGAG